CUACUCUACCCAGCAGCUUUGAUUGGCAAACAAUUUGAUCAGAAUUGGUAGAGCUAAACUUCCUGAGCUGGUUGAGAUGGCUCAUGCUUUCCUGCAGGGGGCGUCACUCUGAAAGAGUAUUUUUCAGAGAGGAGCAUCUGGUCGCGGUAACGAGGGGUGAUGAUAUCGAAAGUGCAGUGGCCACCCCCUGCCUGGCUGACGGUCGCAGCUAGAGUGCUGUCACGACGGAGCACAUUCUGAGCAAAGGGCUCAGGUUAUAUUUUUGGACUGCCAUGGAGACUGGCCCUUCCAUUUGUAGGAAGGGGGUAUAGUUGCGCUCAACAUGAGCCUCCCGCUCUGACAAUCCGGGCUGGGACAAGCAGGCAGCAGCCGAUCCCCAAGCAGCAGUCACACAGGGGUCUCCCCUGUCGGGAGUGUGUUAGUCAACGGUAAGAAGCAUUACCUGGGGGUUAAACUGCUCAUGGCUGCCAGUUAUAGCAAUGUCAAUGAACCAGGCCUGCUUUUCCAGCAGUACCCUCCAACUCUACUGCCCAAGCCUGGCAAGGAAAAUGCUAGACUCCAGAAACUACUCAAGAAAACGGAGAAAAAAAUCACGAAAAAAGCAGCCCCUGAGACCGCAAAGACACCUGUCCCUUUCCGCUCAAGCCUCUCCCCUGUGAAUGAAGCAAGCCCUGACUUGGAGCACAGUGACCACUCAACCCCUCCCAAAACCCCAGAGGCACCCUUCUACACACAGCACCCCAGAUUUGCUGUCAGGCCAGUCUAUCGGCAUGUUGCAUCCCCUUACCCGCAGCAACGAGGAGCCACUUUUGGUGGAACCGCAAGUUUCUCCCCACAGCUGUAUGCUGCUCCAGCCCCCACCUUCCCCCAGUAUGUGGCCCCACUCUACACAUUUACUCCAACACCCGUUCCAGAUGUUCCAGGGCCAACCUUGCAUGCAUUGGCACCCAAAACGCCUGUGCAAACUUCCUCUGUGCCUGACGUGACAACGACAGCUGUUGCUCAAAUUGCUCCUCCAAUCACUGCUCCAGUUACUCAUCCACUCACUGCUCCAGUUGCUCCUGUCACUCCUGCUGCUACACAACCUACUCUGCGAAUAGCCCCAGUAGUAAUACACCACAAAAGUCCAAGUCCACGUUUUAAAGCUACCGAAGCUACACUAAAAGCACCCAAACCGAUGUUUGAUGUCCCUCAAAUUAGGGUCUAUACUGCAUCUAUGUCCCCUCUCCAUGAUUAUACUGGAUCAAAGACAUCUACUGCAGACGCAUUACCUCUGAGUAAAACAACAACAUCAGAAAUCAGAAGAGCUACAACACCAACAGCUGAAAUCAAAAGGAGUGCAACACCUACAUCCGGGGUAAAAAGAGGUUUAACACCGACACCUGAACUCCAAAGGAGUACAACGCCUACAUCUGAAGUGAAAAGAGCUAAAACACCAACUCGCGAUUUUCUAACACCAAGAACUCCUUUAGGUCGCCCUAAGACACCCUCAAAUCAUGUCUCCCGUGCCAAAACACCUGUUUUUGAAAUAUCAAGAACCAACCCACUUUUAUUCACUGUCUCACCCAUUACUACAGAGGCACAGAGAUCUAAAACACCAACACCUGGUUCUAAUGCUGCCAAUCAAUCUUUGUCAAAAUCACCUUCAACUAGUCAAGGUGCAAGAACUCUAAAUGGGGAAGUGACGUCGAAAGAGACUCCCACAGCUAAAUCACCCCCUCAGAACAUUUCAAAACCAGAGGCUCCUCGACACGAAACUCCAAUAGUUGAGUCUGCCAGACCAAAGACCCCUACAGAUCUAUUAGGCUAUCAAAGGCCCAAGACUCCAACAAGUGUUGCACCCUCAUUUGGGUACCAAAGACCCAAGACUCCAACAGAUGUCACACCAAAAUCUGGUGCACUCUCAUAUGGGUACCAAAGACCCAAGACUCCAACAAUUGUCACACUAAAGCCUACAGCACCCUCAGAUGGGUCCCAAAGACCCAAGACGCCAACAAAAGAAACAUCAAAACCUACAGCACCCUCAGGUGGGUAUCCAAGGCCCAAGACUCCCUCAAAUGAAGGGCAUAAACCUAUGACUCCAACAAUUGAGUAUCAAAGACCACAACCACCAGCAGGGUAUCAAAGACCAAAGAGCACCACAGCUGGGGUAUCAUCCAUAGGAUUUCAAAGGCCCAAGACACCAACAUAUGUGGCCCCUAAACCAAUCCAUACAUAUUAUGGGUUGACUCCUGCUGCAUAUGUUGCCCAUGGUGGAAUCCAAAGUCUUUCACCUUUAUUCGGCAUAUCCAGGUCUAAGACGCCAACUCUAGAGGAAUCUAAAACCCCAACACAAGAGUUAGAAGCAUCUAAAGCACCUACCCAAGAGUUCUCUAAAAAGCCUACCCAAGAGUUACUUGUAAAAUCACAUCCUUUGCACGAGGUGUCAAACCAGGAAGCAUCCUCCAAAGAGCUGGAAAAAACUAUUUCAAGUGAGGCCACAGUAUCCACGACUCCAGUAGUUAAGCUUCCGCUUCCAACCAUUGUUGUUACACAAGCUGAAGAGGUCUCAGAACCAAGAGUAUCCACAGCUGUGACCAGCAAAAUGCCAACUCCUGUUCCUGAAAUGCCAAAGGUUAAAACUGUGGCCAACACAAGACCAUGGGCUAAAUCUCCAACACCUGAGGCUAAGAAACCAGAGGUUAAAACCCCAGUGAAGACACCAACUUAUGGAGUUUCCCCAAAACCCAAGACACCCACCCCAGAAACCCAACGUCCUGUGCCUGCUGCUGCAAACAAAGAUGCCAGCAAGACAAUACCUCCUGUCUCAAAAACAGAAUCUCCUGUGGCUAAAGCCAGUGUGGCGCAACAAAAAGAGUUGAAUGAAUCAACAGAUCCGAAAACGCCAACCAAAGCAACCUCUGAGGCUAAACCAGUAGGGACAAAGCCGACCACUUCUUCUCCACUUGCAAAGACCUCAGCUCCUGAGAAGUUUGUGUCGCCGCCUAAACCAAAGGAUAACCAGGAAGCCAAACCAGAAAAGGCGGUAUCAGCUCCAACCACACCAUCGACAGAGAAGAAGGAAGAGAGGAAAGACUCUUUCCCAGCAGCUGAACCUCUUCUUAAAGUGAUCCAAAAGCCAAAGGGCAUGAUGAAGUCUAAACUCAGUGGUUGGUCACGGCUCAAGCAGCACAUGGUGGUGGAAGAAGAACCACCUAUAUUCCCAGAAUCAGAUCCUAAGAAAGAAAUCGCCAAGGGGACUGAGCAGGAUGGAGGUGAAGCAAAAAAUGAUGAAAAUGUGUCAUUUAAAGACAUGGUGGCCGCGGUAACGGCUGACGAUCCUCCCAAGGCAGUGAAGAAGUGGGAUUCUCUUCUCUUCGAUAUGUUCUCCACUAAAGAGAAGAUUAUGCAGGUGAUUGAAGCCAGCAAAAGUGAAGAGGAGAGAAAAGAGCAGCCAAAGGAUGCAGUGAAAGAAAUCCCAUCCUUUGCCCAUCGUCUGCCUGUUCUCCUUUUCAGCCCAAAGUUUGAUGCCAAAAGGCUAAGAGAGGCUGCGUCAAGGCCACUUACUAAAAUUUCGACUGUGUUUGAGAUGGGUCUCAUAGGGCGUAAACAUAAAGAUGAGGAACCAAAAGACUUUAACAGAACAGCUAGAGGGUUCACUUGUCCUUAAACCAUGUCUCUUUGGACUGGUAAAGAUGAAACUGAGAAGAACAUUGUUGUUAAAUGUUUUAUGUUCACUGGUGUAGAAAUGGUAGUCAUAAUGUACAGGUCCCAUGUAAUAGUCUCUGCUUGACACAGGAUACAAUAUUUAAGACAGUCUCAUAGAGAAUGUGGUCUUAACUUUAUACAUGAUAAAUGCACCAUGUUGCAUUUUGAGCACUGAUUGUUUUGUCGUCAGACUACGUUAUGCAUUUGUCUGAAUGUCCCUUUCUCUGAUAAUAUGAAAAUAUUACCUUGACAAUCAGAGGAAAAGGAAAAAUAUAUUGUUGUCUUAAAGGAAUUUAGACAUCUCGUGAGAUUAAAAUGUACAAAGAUUAAGUAAAUCUCAGAGUUUAUUUUUUGUCCACUGUUGAACCCUGAUAGGAGAAUGAGUUGCUUUUUCAGAAGGGGUCCUGAGACUGUAGUGCAAUGUACUUACUUAGGUACACCACCUACUGAAAACCAUCAACUCUCAGUUAUAGUACUCAGUUAUGUGUCUUGAAAUCGCAGAUGAGUGUAUAGUCUAUAGACUGUACAGUAUAUUGAUGCAGGUUUUGGGUAUCCGAAGAAACUUGACUCCAGGGCAUUUAGAGUAAUGUUUCCAAAGAAGGAUGAAAAAAAGAGGAGAGGAUGAAAGUAGGAGUGUAUAUUUCCCAAAAUGGUGCUAUUUACUUAAGUCUUUCAAAUAGACUUUAGAUAUUCAGGUGAUACUUUUUCUUAGAACGUUUGAGUAGACUGCAGACGAUUACCAGCUUUGCCUUCUUCCCUUUUAGGACUACAGGUCAGUGAGAGUGUUAUUUGAGAAAUAGGGUUUCUAACUCCUGUGGGGGACAUGUCAGCUCUAUGAAGGAUGUGUUUAACUGUUGGCGUGAGUGGAUAAGAGGUCAUGGGGGGAGGGGUUGUGGGAUAUGGAGGCCAGUGACGACAGACGCUAAGACAAAUGUAUACAGGAAGACCAUAGGGCUGAAUCCUAACUUGUGAUCCACAAAUCUCCCAUUGACACCAAUGCAGGAUUAACGUGAAAGUAAAAUAGACUGAAAUAUCAUGUUUCACACACACAGUUUUCAAGUAGACAGCUUUCAAACGAGGGGCCCGGAAGGGUCAAGAGCUGAGAGUGACAUUUUACUUUGAGGUUCUGUAGGUUCGUCAGCUUGUUAUUGGUGCUUUACGUUUUUCUUUCAUGCAUGUCUAUAUUAAAAAGAUUAAGAAUAUUGCCUGUUAUUGACAGAGUGAUGUCCAACUGCUUUGGAAUCUGAGAUUUUUCUGCAUAAGUUUACAGUAAAUGUUAUUUUCUAUAUAUUUUUGAUAAAACAGAAAAUAAAAAAGAGCUUGAAUAGAAAAAAUGCUUAUGUUGUUUGACAUAGAAAGUUCAUUUUGAGCUACAGAAUUAAAUAGAGAGAAUUAAUUAUGUAGUGAAGAUAAUGGGCAGAUCAAGGGCUUUUGUUGUUUGAUACAAGUCAUGUUAUUUAAUUGUAGCUGGUAUUUUGUAGAUUGAAUUGUUUUAUUUUUAUCCGCAGGACCAGCAGAAUAAAAAGGUGUUUUUUGCCUAAGAAAA